AUGGAUGAAGAACCAGGACUCGUCCUGUCUGCAGGCAAUCCUAAACAAAUCCCCGCCGUUGAUCCCAAGUCCCUUACCAUUAAGAUAGCCAACUCCGGCAAGAACCCCGGCAAAGAAAUCCUUGCCAACAUUGUUACCUCAAAUGCUCCAGAUUCAGUAGCUUCAUCUCCCUACAAUUCCCCCCUCAUUUCUCCUCCUUCUUCAGCAUUUGUUUCAGCAUUGCAAUCUCCUUACAUUUCUCCAAGAGCACCUAUAGUUACAAACCAAAACAAGAAUCCCACCGAAGAAAGCCCCACUCCAGCCACUACUCUAACCCACUCCUCACCGCCGGUGUCUUACAGCGGUUCUCAGUCGGAUGACAUCCCCAGCACUUCCUACACGCCGCCGCCGGAGAGGCAGGACUUUCCCGGUGAACCUGCAAGCAAUACUAAAGUCAAGAUUGUGACAUGCGUACCUGUUCCAGGCCCGGAUGCUGCACCCCGGAUUUCAUUUUCCUUCCCCAUCCCAAGAAUCUCAUUUGCCAAAGGCUCUGUCUCCUCACCUGCAUCAAAUGCAAAACUAAGAAGCUGUGAUGUGUACAUAGGGUUUCAUGGCCAGAAUCCAAAUUUGGUGAGGUUCUGCAAGUGGCUCAAAUCGGAGCUUGAGGUUCAAGGCAUUGCUUGCUUCGUGGCCGACAGAGCAAAGUAUGCAGAUAACCAGAGCCACGAGAUUGCCGACAGGGUUAUCUGCUCGGUGACCUUUGGGAUUGUGGUGGUCACAAAUUACAGCCUUCUGAACCAUCUGAGCCUGGAGGAGAUCAGAUUCUUUGCUCAGAAGAAGAAUUUGAUCCCAGUAUUCUUCGACACUGAUGCCAAUGAAAUCACUAGUCUCUUCAAUCAGCAUGGAGAUAAGAAGGAAUUCAAAGAAGCCAUGGAGGGUUUAAUGAGAUGCCAUGAGUUCAAAUUGGAAGCCAAUGAUGGUAACUGGAGAAGCUGCAUAUCUAAAGCUGCUGGGAUACUAAAAACAAAGCUUGGAAGGAAAAGUGUGGCUGAAAAGGAAGCAGAUACUCAUAAUCAUGAGUUGCCCUUGGCAAGAAACAAGUACUUUGUGGGGAGGGAGAAGGAAAUUAUGGAGAUUGAGACAGCAUUCUUUGGCUGUGGGGAUUAUAUGGAGCAAGAAUGUGGUUUGCCAACAAUUAGAGAUGAAACUACAGGGCUGUCUGAUGGCCUAGCUGAUGGGGAAAGUGAAGCUGAUAGAACUAAAGGAGGCAAAUACAUAAAUUUGGAGAUCGGGAGGCGUAAGGAGCCACAUUUAGAGGCAUGGAUUGAACCAGGAAUUGGCAGAAACUCGAUGAAGAGGCCUAAAUACAAGAAGUCGAAAAGUGGGAAAUACAAGAGCUUUGGGAGCAGCAUUGUGUGCAUAAAUGGAUCAGCAGGGGUUGGAAAGACAGAACUAGCUUUAGAAUUCGCCUAUCGGUACUCUCAAAGAUACAAAAUGGUGUUGUGGGCAGGUGGUGAGGCUCCUUAUUUCAGGCAAAAUAUACUGAACAUCUCUAUCAGUUUGGGAUUGGAUGUUACCGCGGAUGAGGAGAAAGAAAGAGGCAGGAUUCGUAGCUUCGAUGAACAAGAGUCCGAAGCAUUCAAAAGGGUUAAACGGGAGCUGUUUCGAGAUAUGCCAUAUUUGCUGAUAAUAGAUGAUCUAGAAACUGAAAAGGAAUGGUGGGAAGGCAAGGAUUUACAUGACUUAAUACCAAGGAACACAGGAGGUACUCAUGUAAUCAUAACAACAAGGUUAUCGAAAGUAAUGACCUGUGAUCCGAUGCAGCUGCAGCCGCUGCCAAUGCCAGAUGCAAUGGCGCUGAUUAAAGGAAGACGGAGGAAGGAGUAUCCAGAUGCCGAGGUAGAAAUUCUGGGAAAGCUUGUCGAAAAACUCGGCAGGUCCACUUUCGGCAUAUGGGUGAUAGGCUCCUUGCUUUCUGAACUUGGAAUUUCACCGUCUGCACUAUUUGAGGCAGUGAAUCAGAUCCAAUAUGAAGAACCAACUGGCUGCACUAGCCUGAGCAAUGGAGAUCACCAAUUUUGCAGGACAAGUCCUUUCCUAAUGAAAGUCUUGACAUUCUGUGCGGCUGUGUUGCAAGAUACAGUGCGCAAAAGGAAUCCACUUGCUUCAAGAAUGCUUCAGGUUGGGGCAUGGUUUGCGCCGGCGCCAAUCCCAGUAAAUUUACUAGCUGCAGCUUCCAGCAGUGUACCCUCCACCAGGCACAAAUUGAAGAAAUGGAGUAGAUGUCUGAAGCUUACUCUCUGUUGCUGCUCAGGUUGUCUAAAGAGCUCGGCAUGGAAGAAUGAAGAAGAAUCAGCUCUUCUUUUAGUUAGGCUUGGUUUGGCUUGGAAAAUCAACAGACAUCCUGGUUGCUGGAUACAAUUCCACCCCAUAGUCCAAUUAUUUGCCAAAUGGAAAUAUGGCUUGGCUGCUGCAAAAGCAAUGGUUCAAGGAGUAAGGAAAAUUGGAAAUCCUGUGGCGAAUUCAGACCAUCUCUGGGCCUCUGCUUUCCUCGUAUUCGGGUUUAAAUCUGAACCACCAGUUGUCCAGCUCAAAGCAGUUGACAUGGUUCUCUUCAUCAAGAGAACAGCUCUCCCUCUGGCGACAAGAUCCUUCAUGGAUUUCUCAAGGUGCAACUCGGCUUUAGAGCUGUUGAAAGUCUGCACUAAUGUCCUCGAAGAAGUGGAGAAGUCAUUCAUGUCUCAGAUACAAGAUUGGUGCCAUGACUCUCUGUGCUGGAAGAAAGCUCUGCAGCCGAAUCAAAGAGUGGAUGAGUAUGUUUGGCAAGAAGUUACAUUGCUGAAAGCUACUCUACUGGAAAUGAGAGCGAAAUUACUGCUGAGGGGCGGCCAUUUCGACAGCGGUGAAGAACUAUGUCGAACCUGCAUCAGCAUUAGGACAGUGAUGCUCGGCCACAACCACUCCCAAACAUUAGCUGCUCAAGAAACAUUGGCAAAGUUAGUGAGGAUGAGGAGCAAGAUAUAAUGGAAUUUUGCAAUUCAGGUAGCUCAAUUUUGUUGCUCACACUGUAAUCUUCGUGCUGCCAAAUUGCCAACUAGUUCAUAAUAUAAAAAUCACAAUUCUAGUUGAACUUUCCGUUGUUUGUAAAUUGGUAAUCGAAGCUAAUCAUACACAUAUUAGACAGCAUUUCCAGCAUUUCAUCAUCUCA